UGCAUUGGGUGCAGUGUUCCCUUCAGGCCGCAGGGAGGAGCUGUUGGUUUAUAUUUCUUAAAGUCGUGAACACCCACCAGGUUUUCUUUUAACUCUUUCUGUCUCGAGCGCUGAGUUUCAAACAUACUUGUGCGCGUGCUCUCUUGUGUGCGUCUCUACAGUUAGCCAAACAUUUCGACGUGGAUAUUUGCUCCUACAAGCUUUGCGAGACUUCAGCCAGGAAGCCCUGCAGUCAGCAGCAUGGACUAUUACACGCCCCAGUCCAAUCGACGCCACAACCCCGUGGACAGCAUCUGCCGCAAGCUGCAGACCAUUCAGUGGCGCGGUGACCGCGAGCCCAAUUCACCGUUUCAGAUUCCAAAGCUCUCGUCCAGCAAUUACGACAGCCCGCAGAGCGGCCUCCGGCACAACCUGGAAACCAUCCUGAAGAAAGGGACCCUCCACAGAGACGAGGGGGAGAGGGGGAAGGGGAGAGGGAUGGGCACCGCAGCUUCCCAGAGGAGCAGCAUGGUUCCCUCUGUCCCUCCGUCCACCCCAGCAUCCAACCCCUCCACGCCAACUAACGUCACGUACACCAUCACUAGCACUCUAGGCGAGAGGAGAAGUGCUGAUGGGAGUGAUUUAAGCCAAGUCAAGACAUGGCAGAGGUAUUGCUCGACGCCAUCGGGCCCGUCCAAGGACUCCCCUUACUUUACGUUCACGCGAGGACCAGAGUCGGUGCCGAGCGAGAGGCCGAGCAGGAGCCCGCCUCUGAGUCGUACAUUCACCCCAAACCACAGCACCCUCUCCUACAACCUCAACUUCUGCUCAGCAGACACGGGGAACUCGACUGAGUGUGAGCUGUCCUACCCAGCUCUGGUCGUGAAAAGACUGUCCAUGGGAGAUGGAGGAUCCUCAAUGACGUCUGAAAGCAGGAAGGAGAAUAUGGCAGAGAUCAGCCUAAUCUGUGAGGAGAAUCUGCUCGAUACCAUCUUCCACGCCUGCGACACCCAGCGCCGAGGUAAAGUGUUCGUGUCUCACAUUGUGGACUACCUGCGGCACACCACCAGUCGCAGCUCAGAAGACAGUGGACUAGAGGACCUUUGCAACAUGCUGGAUCCAGAACACAAAGACGUCUCCAUUGACCUGGACACGUACCACGCCGUCAUGAAGGAGUGGAUCGAUGACUGCCGCAACAACGGGGAAGAGACACCAGAAGACAUCACUCAGGACUCAGUCAAACUCAGGGACAGCCUGUGUGCCAAGAGGUCCAUCCUACUCAAUAUGACCUCGGGAAGCUUGGAGGCCUUUGGAGGGGAGGCAUCCAGAGUGGAAUUUGAGACUUCAGAGCUGGUGUAUUGUGUUGCUGACCUUCAGAUGAGCAACCAAAAGCUCCAGGAGGAGGUUAGGAAGCUGAAGCAGGCGGUGGAGGGCAUGGAGGACUGCAACCAGAAGCUGGCAGAGGAGAAUGAGGAGCUACGCAAUCAGGCCAGGGUUAACCAGCAGCUGGCCCAGAAGGAGAAGAUGCUGAAGGAGGAGGUGGAGGACAUGAAGGCCACUCUGAGUUGCACGGAGGAAGGCAGAGCUCGUGCCUCGGCUCACGGCAAACAUGUGGAGAGAGAGAACCAGAGUCUUAUUGCAAAGAUCGCAUCUCUUCAGGAAGAGAACUUCAAGGUCACCAUGGAGACAGACGCGCUUCGGAGGAGGUUAACAGAGCUGUGUGACAUUAACACUGACCUUCAGGUGCAAAUUCACUCUUUUGAUGCUGUCGUUGGUGAAAAGGAAGCUGUGAUACAAGAGAAGCGCAGACAGAUAAAUGAGCUGAAGUCAACAGUGGAGGAAUACUCCUCCAUCACAGAGCUUCUGAGGGCAGACAAGAGCAAGCUGGAGAACCAGAUGCAGAUGAUGCACCCGGACCUGCCUGGGGCUGGUCUGUCGCUGUCGGUGGCUUACAGGUUGAACCAGAGCAGCUCAGGAUCCCUACAGACAGAAUUGGCUCUGGCACAGUCACCACUGGAGGCUCCCCAUGUAGUUGACCAUUUGUCCACCACUAUGAGCUUCGUCUCCUCGUUGGAUGAGACGCUGGACAGGGAAGUGUUGCUGAUGCUGCAGGGACCCAACCCUGAACACAUGGCUCUGGAGUUCAAGACCCUCAUAAGUUCACUGAAAAAGGCUUUCACAGAAGAAACCAACUCUGUCUUGUCUACAGCCAAAGGCUUGCUGGAAGACCGUGCUCAGCCAGCAGGCAACACAGUCACCAGUCUCCAGACGGUGCACGCCGAGCUGGACGCGAGAAGGGCCGACUGGGCCCUCAGCCUAGACCAGCUGGCCCAGUACACAGACUCCCUGGAGAAGGAGCUGAUCAAAAUGGCCAGUAACAUGAGGAGGUCCCGCACCGAGAUCCUGCACCUUUCAGUCAGGGUGCAGGAGCAGGAGAACCAGAAGCGGCAGCUGUGUGAGGAGCUGGAGCAGCUGAAGACCCCUCAGGACAGCAGAGAGGCCUCAUGCCAGACACCUGCACCAGAGGAAGAGCCUGGAGAUGACUUGGACUGGGAUGAGGAGUUUGCCCUUCAAGACUUCCUGAAGAACGAGUUAGCAGAGAGGAAUGGCAAAGAACAGGGCGGGCGAACGGAAAGAGGUGAAGACGAGGACGUGGAGGAGAAGUGGACGGUGGUGGACACAGCUGGAGUGGGAGAAGUUAGGGGCACGUCCACCCCUCUGUCUGUCCUCUCUGGGGAGGCCCAGCCUGGGCAUGGUACAACAGGAGGGGGUCAAGAGCCUGCAGCCUGCACAGAGUCAGAGCCAGAUGUGAACUGUCAGUCUUUGCAGGAGGCAGCAAUGCCAUUGAGCACCCACUCACAAGCUGUCAGCAUUAGACACCCAGUGGCAGAUGCUCUCCCUGAUCUGCUCCACUCAGAGAACAACGAUGCAGAAGCUCUAGAGACUGCAGAGUCUCCCUCCUGUGGUCAAACUCAAAAUCUGAGCAACUCUGCUGAACAGGACCAAACGGUCACACUUAGUAACACCCCUCCCACAGCAGCCCAGAUGGUUCCUCCCAGCAGCACAUCCCCUGGACAAGAUGACACUAUUACCCAGACUGAGAGCACCCAACCGACCAGUGAGGACCACUUGGGAGAAGAAGAGAGGGAGCGAAAGGCGGACUCGAGCACAGGAGCCAUGAGUCGUACUAAGGUUAGUAGCAGAGGGGAACUGAGUGACAGGAGUUUGUCUCGACCCUGCAGGAGCUGUCACGCAGCAUGGAGGGCAUCGAGGAGCCCAAGGUCCAGGAGGACCAAAGUGAGACCAGCAUGGCUACAGAGAAGGAACGUAUGUGUAAUAUAUUUCUUAUACACUGUUAUAUCAUCUUUGAUCAGGUAUUUGUUGUCCCAUACACCUGCUUAUCAUUUCCCUUUUGUAGCUGAGACGUCCAUGAUCUCGGACACCAGCGGCACCGCCAAAGAGGAGAAGAAGAGCCUGUCGCCUAAUGAAAAGGAGAUCGAGGCGGAGUUCCAGCGUCUGGCAUUGGGCUUCAAGUGCGACAUGUUCACGUUGGAGAAGAGACUCCGGCUGGAGGAGAGGUCACGUGACCUGGCUGAGGAAAAUGUCCGCAGGGAGGUGUCCAGCUGUCAGGGCUUACUGCAGGCUCUGACCCCUCUGUGUGAGGACGACAACCAGUCCAUGGAGAUCAUCCAGAGGCUCCAGAAGAACCUGGACAUCCUCAUCCAGUCCAUGAUCAGGGUGUCCAGUCGCUCUGAGAUGCUCGGAGCGAUUCACCAGGAGAGUCGUAUAGGUAAGGCUGUGGAGGUGAUGAUCCAGCAUGUGGAGAACCUGAGGAGGAUGUACACCAAGGAGCACGCUGAGCUGCUGGAGCUGAGAGAGGCGCUCAUGCAGAACGAGAGGUCGUUUGGAUCACAAACUGAAAGAGAUGACUUCCGUGGCAAGAAGCAGACCACACAGUACUACAAGCAGACAUCAACCCGGCGGGUCAGCAUUGCCGCAAUCCCCCGCUCUGGUGGAGCCAACAUGCAAUUCGACAUGUCCAAAACACAAGACGGCUCAGAGGCUGAAGCAGAGAGGCUGACCAGGCGAUCCCCAUGGAAUGUGGCGGGGAAGAGCACUGCGCGCCCCCCACUAAAGCGCUUUGUUAGCUCUGCGGCCUGGCUUGACGCUGAAGAGCCCUCUCUCAUGAUUAAGGGGACGGCCUACGACAACACCGACUGCCAGUUUGAGGACGAGCAGAAGGAGGAGCCGGUGGCAGAGAGGAGGAGGUCCAGUCUCAGUGAGCUGGGCAGCAAACUCACCUCCCUCAUAUUGCCCCUCAAGACUCCGAGCCCCUCCUCCGGCCCAACGUACACAGACCCAGGCAUGGCCCAGUCUUUGUCCCACAGCCUGACCGCUUCCCGGGCGGCUGCAGCAGUAGCCAGAGGUGGCAGGGGUCUCUGGAUUUGGUUGGCGAUGGUGGUGGUGCUAGCAGGUCUCCUGGCACUGCUGGCCAGCCUGGUGAUGCAGCCAGCAGUCGAUGCAGCCCCUGUGGGGACCGGGGACUCCUGGAUGACCAUUCAGCAGCUUCUGUGGCCCUACACGGGGCUCCGGCAUAACGGACAGCCCCCCGUCUAGUCCCCCCCCCAGACCCGGGGUGGAUGGUGUUACCGCCCGUCAGCCCUCUGCAGAGAUGAUCCGAGCACUGGGGUGGUGAUGAUGAAAGUACAGUGUACCACUUCUGAGCGGAGGCUGUUGGGAUGUUUACUGGUGCCUGAAGAUUCCUAAAACAAGACUUGCAUUGACAGCACAGGCUAGGCCUCGGGGGAUAGUUAACCCUUUGAAGGAUUUUAUGCAUCACAUCACGUUUGCUACAUUACUCUUUAUGUGCGUGCGUGUGCGUUUGUCUGUGUUUUAAGAGAAGAAGCAGUUACGAGUGGUGGAAACCAAUAUCCUUUUAAAAGCUGCUCAAUGUCCUCAACACAUUAUGAAGCGGGCUUGAUCAUCAGAGCUGAUACGUUGAGCAAUCAUGUCACAGCGUCAUCAGAAUGAAGGCCAUCAUGGACCAUGGCUCCAAUUGUGCCACAUGACUUUUUAAAUACAUUUCAUGCACUUGAGGAAACGGGAGGGGACUGCCAGCCUUUUUAAUGUCAUUUUGCAGAGAAUAUUUUAUAACUUAAGUCUAUGAACACUGGUAAUUAAACUUUCAUUCUAAGUGUUUUAAACAUGUUGAAAUCUAUAUUUAUGCGUUUGUUAGAUUUGCGUGGGGAUUUGUGAAUAUCUUAUUUUUGUUAAGUUAUAAUUCUACAUUGUUAGUCUUAACACCAAAGGUUCUUUUUAUUUUCCACUUUUAAGCUCUUGCUGUGGUUGUCACCGUGUUCAACUUAAUACUCUUUUGUAUGAAGAUGCGUGGAACUUUGCACAAAUAAAGUAGCCUAUUCUACAAUA